AUGGAAACGUAUAAAUUUUUAGUUAAUAAUAUACUUGAAGGACACAGUGGUUUGCAGGAGGACCGAAAAACAAAACUAAUAGUUUUUUCCAAUCCUGUUAUUGACGUAAGAGAAGAAGAAGAAGAAGAAGAAGAAGAAGAAAAAGGAUGUAAUAAUGUCCAAUUAAUUGCAAAAUACAAAAAACAUAUCACCAGUGUAAAUAAUUAUCGAUUCAAUGAAUAUUUUCAUAUAGCUGAGUUACAGCAGAACUUUGAUGAAAUUGUUUUAGAAUUUAAGGAAGACAUGUUUGAUGCUAUUUAUAAAUCAUAUAAUUCCAUGAGACCUUUUUUCAAUGUAGUCCCUAAUCAAGAAGUUAAUGGUACUUGUUUUGUUAUUGACAUUGGGGGUUCCACAUUAAGAAUUUCCAUGGUGGAACUUUCUUUUAAUUAUCAAAUCAAUUGUAUUUUGUCAGAGUCCUGGUGCAUUGCUGACGAUAAUAAAGUUAUCGAUAAGGAUUGGUUAAAAUGGAUAAUUUCAAAGUUUAAAGGGUUUUUGCAAACUCUAAAGAUUAAACACAAAGUUGAUCUUUCUAAUAAUAAUGGAAAAUUCAAAGUUGGUAUUACGUGGAGUUUCCCCAUGGUUCAAAAGGAUGCUUCUAACAGAGGGGAAAUAUCUGACUUGGGUAAAGGCUUUGAAGUUUGUCAGGAAUAUUUUGGUGGUGAUUUAAAAGAUAUUUUUGAGAAUAAUUUCAGAGAGGAAGGAUUGGAUAUUGAUGUUGGAUCCAUUGUAAAUGAUUCCAUUGCUGUUUUUGUUACUGGUGCCUAUUUAGUAAAGUCUAAAUUGGCUUUGGUUUUAGGAACUGGUUUGAAUAGUUGCUUUGCAAUUAACAAUUCUCUUUUUGGUCAACACAAAAGGCUACCAUUAUCGGUUAAUAGUCCUAGCGAUAAGGUUUUGGUUAAUGCUGAAUCAUCUUUUUUCGGUUACAAUUUACAAAAAUAUGUUACUGAUAUUGAUAAGCAAAUGUGCGCGUUUUGGAAUUUAAACUACGAACAAUACUUACCCCCACAUUUGACUACUGAUCAGUAUGGUGUUUUCCAACCUUUAGAGCUAUUGACUGCUGGACGUUAUAUUCCGGAAAUUAUAAGAUUAACGAUUGCUAAAGUAUUUGCCGAAUGCUCAUUUGUGAUACCUUCUUUAUUUACAAAGGGAAAAUAUUGCUGCGAUGCCGAAUUUUUCGCUAAGUUGUAUAUCGACGUCAACCAAGUGUCUGGCUUGAAACCCGACAAAUAUGAACUUGUUAAGGAUAUUAUUGAUGUGGUUAUUAAACGAGCCCCCCUUAUCUUAGCUAUGUAUAUCAUUGCAUUGCUGCAACUAGCAGAGGCAACAACAUCAGCACGUGAAACAGUGUACAUAUCUGUUGUUGGGUCUAUGCUAAAAUACUUUCCUGGGUAUAAAGGUAAAGUUGAAGGAUAUCUUAAUUUUUAUUGUAAAAGAUUAAAUCUACCAAAAGUUGAAUUUAUAUUUCUAGAAAAUAGUAGUAUAUACGGAGCUUCCAUAUCAUGUUUUUGA